AUGGCCACAUCUGCCAAGCCCUCUUACCAAAGGCUGAAACACGAGACCUGGUUCGAACACGAACACGAAGAUCAUCGUUAUUACAACGGCUUUCUAGAGAAGGUGGUCCGAAGAUCAAGAAGCUCCAGGCUCGGAAAAUUCCGAAUCAGACGAAAACUGAGGGUUAAAAGCCCAAGUCUGAGGAGAUUCGUGAGAAGAAAAACUCGGGUGGUAAAGUUUGCAUGGAGAAAAGUUUACGAGAGACUGAAGGAAAGCCGGUCGCAUUUUGGUGAUCUUUUUGCUGGGAACUAUUUGUUCAUGCAGGUCACGCCAACUCCAUUACAGCAUAAUAAUAAGGUGUCUUAUGUUAAAGGAGAUCAUCUUCCUGGGUUGUGUUCUGUUUCUAGGAUUACUUAG